AUGGGGCAGGGCCAGUCCGUCCCGACCACCCCACUGCAAUGUCUUCUGAAUAACUUUUCUGAUUUCUUUAAAAGGGCUUCAGGAUUCGGGGUCCCCGUCAAGCCAGGAACCCUCCGGACCCUUUGUGAAUUAGAGUGGACCACUUUUGACGUAGGAUGGCCCGCAGUGGGCUCUUUUGAUUUGAUCUUGAUUAGGAACGUCGAGGCUGUGAUCCUUGGGAAUCCCGGACACCCAGAUCAGAUUCCGUAUAUAGAAACGUGGCUGGACAUCGCCAAGGCGAAACCCGGUUACAUUAAACGAUGUCAACGGAAACUCCCAGGAUCCACAUGCCCUUCUCUCCUUACGGUGAAAAAGGGAGGAGAACCCUGCGUCAGGUUGCCCCUCAUCCCAUCCACGAAACCCCGCAUCCUCACGGAUGAUCAGACGGGGCCGGAAGAUACCCUGGACACUUGGACACAACCACCGCCCUAUGCCCCGAAUUCCCAGGCUUCCGGGAGCCCGCCCCACACUACCCCCAGCCCGGCCCGAACGCGGAGUGGACUUCCGUAUGGCCUCCGCCCAUCUGUCCCUCUGAAGUCUACUCUGCCCUUGCCAUCCUCUGGCCACGGGGACAGACGGGUGUCGUCGGCCUCCCCCGAUCCCGGCCCUGAGCCCGACACUCUAUUGCCCCUCCGGGAGCUUGCCCCCGCGCAGGGGACAGGCCGCCCGUUCAUGGUUUAUGUCCCUUUCUCCACAAGUGACCUGUAUAACUGGAAGCUACAGAAUCCUCCUUUCUCUGAAGAACCUCAAGGUUUAAUCUCGUUGUUAGAGACGAUUUUUCACACCCACCGCCCUACUUGGGACGACUGCCAGCAACUCUUGCAGGUUCUUUUUACUUCCGAGGAGCGCGAUCGGAUUCACCUCGAGGCUCGGAAGCAGAUUUUUGGCACAGGUGGUCAACCCACCACUGACCCGGUUAUUCUGGAAACGAGCCUCCCAGCCCAACGACCCAACUGGUAUCCGAAUACGGUUGCUGGGGAGGGAGCUAUGACCCGGUACCGCCAACUUCUCCUCCAGGGCCUCCGCGGCGCAGCGCGGAAACCGACCAAUUUGUCUAAAGUAAGUGAGAUAGUUCAGAGCCCCCGGGAAUCCCCCGCAGCUUUCUUGGAACGCCUACUUGAGGCAUAUAGGCAAUACACACCUAUAGACCCACAAGCGCCUGAAAACGCGCGGGCAAUUAACCUAGCCUUUGUUACACAAUCGGCACCAGACAUUAGGAAAAAGAUUCAAAAGCUAGACGGGUUCGAAGGGAAAAACCUCAGUGAACUAGUUGAGAUAGCUCAGAAGGUUUUUAAUAAUCGUGAGGAUCCAGAAGUUGCAGGCACAAAGAAAUUAACCAAAGUGGUCUUGGCAACCAUGCAGGAAACUAGCGAUAGGAAUCGGGGGGCUCCUCGGAAGGGGGGUCGCCCCCGCCUAGAAAGAGAUCAAUGCGCCUACUGCAAGGAGAGGGGCCACUGGAAAAGCGAGUGUCCCCGCAAGAAGAAAAUGAACCAAAAAGAAAAGAGUCUCCUCACCCUUGAGGAAGACUGAAGGGGCCAGUGCUCUGUCAAUUUAGGCCCCCAAGAGCCCUUGGUAACCUUAACUGUGGGGGGCCGCCCGACUACCUUCCUGGUAGAUACCGGGGCAGCCCACUCGGUUCUCCGGGAGGGGGUUGGCCGUCUUACUGAAGAAAAGACUCAGAUCAUAGGGGCAACGGGAUGACCCAGGGCGUACCCUUGGACUUCAGCUCGAGUGACUGAUCUGGGAAAAGGGACUAUCACUCAUUCAUUCUUGGUGAUCCCCGAAUGCCCCUUCCCCCUCCUGGGGCGAGACCUCUUAAGGAAACUGCGGGCCUCGGUGUCGUUCCAAGAGCACGGCACCCACCUCAGCCUAGGGUCUCCGCAGCCUGCUGCCUUUCUGCUCACUGUACCCUUGCAAGACGAGUAUCUCUUCUUCGAAAGUCAGGUGCCAGAAAGCCCUUCUGAGGCUUUAAAAGAACUCCAAAAAGAAGUUCCAGGAGUGUGGGCCGAAAACAACCCUCCUGGUCUGGCGGCUUAUCAGCCACCCGUCGUGGUACAGGUCAGUAGUUCGGCUACCCCAUUCCGGAAACCCCAAUACCCCGUUCCAGCCAGGGCGAAGAUAGGAAUACGUAAGCAUAUACAGAGGCUGUUGGAAGCAGGAAUUUUAGUACCCUGCAGGUCACCAUGGAACACCCCGUUGUUACCGGUCAAAAAGCCCGGCACCGAAGACUACCGGCCAGUUCAGGACUUACGUGAGGUAAACGCCCGGGUAGAGACUGUCCACCCAACUGUCCCAAACCCUUACACACUACUCAGCCAGCUGCCACCAGAUCAGGAAUGGUACUCAGUCUUGGACUUAAAAGACGCCUUCUUUUGCAUACCGCUGGCCCCGGUGAGCCAGCCUCUCUUUGCCUUUGAGUGGACGGAUCUGGACCAGGGGUUCUCGGGUCAACUUACGUGGACCAGGCUGCCACAGGGGUUUAAGAACUCCCCUACCCUCUUUGAUGAAGCUCUAAGUAGAGACCUUUCCCCUUUUCGGGAAAACCAUUCCGAGGUUACCCUUUUGCAAUACGUGGAUGACUUGCUCUUGGUGGCAGAGUCCGCGCCUGCGUGCCUGCAGGCGACUAGAGACCUCCUGGCCGCCCUGGGCUCCAUGGGAUAUCGGGUUUCAAUAAAGAAGGCACAGAUCUGCAGUCAGAGGGUGACUUAUUUGGGAUACGAUCUUAGUGGGGGAAAGUGGACACUGUCAGCCAGCCGAGUCCGAGCAAUCCAGAAUAUUCCCACGCCCACGACUAAACGACAAGUCAGAGAAUUCCUGGGCACGGUAGGGUACUGCCGGCUGUGGAUCCCCGGCUUUGCCAAGAUAGCGAAACCCCUCUACACCAGCACGGGAGGAAAGGGUGACUCCCUAAUGUGGACUGAGGUUGAGCAAUCAGCGUUUCAGGAUCUUAAAAAGGCUAUUACCACGGCCCCCACUCUACCCGAUCUUAAGAAAACCUUUGAACUUUUUGUGGCUGAGGCUCGAGGUAUAGCAAAAGGAGUUCUAACCCAGACCUUGGGCCCAUGGAGGCGGCCGGUUGCGUAUUUGUCAAAACGACUAGACCCAGUGGCGGCAGGCUGGCCCACUUGCAUGAGAGCAAUUGCCGCAACAGCGGUGCUGGUGAAAGAGGCCAAGAAACUGACACUGGGCCAGGACCUCCAAGUCAUUGGGGCGCACGCCAUGGAAACCCUCCUCCGAAGUCCACCGGAUCAAUGGAUCGCCAACGCCCGAGUGACUCAAUAACAGGUACUUUUAUUGGACCCCCCGCGGGUCACUUUUUCCAGGGCAGCGGUCCUUAAUCCGGCGACCCUACUACCAGACGAUCAACACGAGAGUCCCACACAUGAUUGUGCUGAGAUCCUCAACACCCUGACCGGCACCAGACCAGACCUGAAGGACGUCCCGCUAGGGCAGCCAGCCCUCAAUUUGUUUACAGACGGGAGCAGUUUCGUCAAGGACGGGAUUCACUUUGCGGGAGCAGCGGUGGUCACCAGCUCUGAGGUAAUAUGGGCACAGGCUCUGGGGCAUGGCACGUCAGCAAAAAAGGCAGAACUUGUCGCCCUGACACAGGCACUCCGAUGGGGGAAGGGAAAAGCUCUCAACAUUUAUAUGGAGAGCCGAUACGCUUUCGCCACGGCUCAUGUCCAUGGAGCAUUGCAUAAGGAACGAGGGCUGCUAACCUCUGGAGGGAAGGACAUUAAGAAUGCAAACGAGAUUAUGUCUCUCUUAGAAGCCCUCUGGCUGCCUGAACGAAUAGCUAUAAGCCAUUGCCCUGGGCAUCAACGGGACGGCUCGGCGGUCUCAGAGGGAAAUAACUUCGCUGAUAGAACCGCAAAGGAGGCCGCCCCGAGACCAGUAGGGCCCCUCGAAAUUCUCCCGGUUCAGAUGCCGCCCCGGGCUCUCCCAGACCGACCGACCUACUCGAAGGAGGAUAUCGAGCCGAGCAAGGAAUUGCGGUGCUCUGAGACUGAGACGGGAUGGCUGAAGCACCCCGAUGGAAGAAUCUUUCUCCCCCAAGCACUUGGACGAGAUCUUCUUCUACAGACCCAUCGAGCCACACACUUGGGAACGGCCCGACUCUGUCAGCUAUUUAGACCUCAUUUCUACCUGCCCGGACUUUCAGCUCUGGCCGAGUCCAUAACCUCCGGGUGCGCCUCCUGCGCGCGAGUUAACGCUGGCCCCAGCCGGCCUCCCACCACCCCGGGCGUCCGCCAUCGUGGAUCCCAGCCGGGAGAACACUGGGAAAUAGACUUCACUGAGGUAAAACCCAUCCAAGGUAGGUACCGCUAUUUACUGGUCUUCAUCGACACCCAUUCCGGGUGGGUGGAAGCGUUCCCAACGAAGGGAGAGACAGCCCUGAUUGUGGCCCGGACUCUCCUGCAUCAAAUUCUACCAAGAUUCAGGGUACCCCUAGCUCUAGGUUCAGAUAAUGGUCCGGCGUUCAUCGCCCAAACUUCCAAAUUGGUAGCCAAAGCUCUGGGGAUUGAUUGGAAACUGCAUUGUGUGUAUAGGCCGCAGAGCUCAGGACAGGUAGAGAGGAUGAAUAGAACGCUAAAGGAAACCUUAACAAAAUACACUCUUGAAGUUGGCGGCCCCUGGACAGACCUCCUUCCUUUUGCCCUCCUACGCACGCGAUGCUCCCCUUAUAAGAACGGUUUCACCCCCUUCGAAAUCGUGUUCGGGCAAGCGCCUCCCCUGCUACCCCGCCUGGCAGAGGAGACGCGCGCCGAUCCUGCGGCUGCGCAAGCUCCCCAGCCGGAUCUUUGUAUUCUGACUAUAGUACUCCCGAAGGUUUUUCUCGCCAAUGGAGAGAUGACCCCCGCGGCUGCUUCCCCGGACUCACGCAUCCGGCGCGCUGUGCCUCUCCUAGCUCCUCUUUUAACUGGGCUGGGCAUCGCAGGCUCCGCGGCUGUCGGGGCUGGAGCUUUGAUAAAAGGCAGCCAGGACAUACUCCACCUCUCUGAACAAGUCGAUAAAGACUUGCAAGAGCUUCACGGCUCCAUCAAAUUUUUAGAGGAAUCCCUUGACUCCCUCGCCGAGGUGGCCCUCUAA